CGUCGCUUUCCCGGUCCAGUCUUAUACAAAGCAUCCCGAGUACCAUGGGGGAUCAGGUUUGCUACCGGUCGUCAGGCCUUCUUCGUUCAAAAACUACAUGAUAAAUAUGGUCCAAUUGUUCGGAUCGGGCCGAACCAUCUUUCCUUUACGGAUCCGAAGGCGUGGAAGGAUAUAUAUGGACAUCGCAUCGGCAACGAAAGCAAUAUAAACGAGAUGACAAAGGCAAAGACUUUCACCAAGCCGAUUCGCGACAGGCCGGAAACCAUAUUAAGUCUAAACCGAGAAGACCACUCCAAGUUUCGCCGCGCCCUUUCGCAUGGCUUCUCAGAUAGUGCCCUGCGUCAACAAGAACCCCUAAUUGCAAAGUACAUUGACCUUUUAAUCAGUAGGUUACACGAAGAAUAUGACAAUGGGAAGAAGAGAUGUAAUCUAGAAGCUUGGUAUAACUGGACCACAUUCGACGUUGUCGGCGAUCUGGUUUUUGGGCAGUCCUUCCACUGUCUCGAGAAUAUUGAUUACCACCCCUGGAUCGAGAGCAUCUUUAAAAGUGUGCGCUUCAGCGCCAUCAUGAUCGCCUUGACUUACAUCGGCCUGGGCGAACUCGUACAAAUCAUAGCCAAGUGUGGAAGUUCGCUUAGGAGGGCGCGGCAAUAUACUAGAAAUAUGCUGAACGUGCGGCUUGCUAUGGAAGGGAAGCGCGAUGACCUUUUCGAAGGCAUCGCUAAGAAACGUGAUGAAUGGAAUAUCUCGUUCGAGAUGCUGACUGCAAACGCAUUCAUUCUUGUGAUAGCUGGAUCCGAGACAACAGCAACAACCUUAUCCGGCGCCACAUCUCUUCUUCUGUCUCACCCAGAUAUCCUCGAGAAACUUCAACGGGAAGUCCGUUCGUCGUUCAAAAGCGCAGAUGAGAUCACGAUCACUUCCGUCAACAAACUGCACUACAUGCUCGCGGUCCUCAACGAAGCACUGCGGCUUUACCCCCCAGUCAUGGCGGGUUUAGUUAGGACAGUGCCCCGUGGCGGCGAACAGAUCGCUGGGCGUUACGUACCCGAAGGCACACUAGUUGAAGUGCAGCAAUGGUCGAUCAAUCAUAGCAAGGACAAUUGGAACGAUCCUUGGGCGUUUCAGCCUGAGCGAUUCCUAGCCACUCCUGAAGCGGCCGCAAAGGACGGCGACAAACUCGAGUCACUACAGCCCUUUAGUGCAGGGCCAAGGAACUGCAUCGGACGCAAGUAUGAUAGGAUAGCUAGCUUCUCUGAUUUUUUUGUAUACAACAAGGUAACUUGACUAACAUCCACUUUCCACCAAGCCUCGCAUACGCCGAAAUGCGUCUGAUCCUAGCCCGCAUUAUUUUCGAAUUUGAUAUAAAGCUCUCGGAGGAUAGCAAGAGAUGGAUUGAGCGGCAGGAAGCGUUCAUGCUGUGGGAGAGGUCAGUAUCUCUUUGGUUUCACCCACCCCACCCCCCUUUUCCUUUUUUUAUAUUACCCUGGGGUGGAAAGACAGUAAGAUAGAGCUGGUUCAAUGAUUCGGCCACCAGUCGCUAAAUCUAGCUGUUACUAAUGCUUUCUGGAAUAUAGGAUUCCCCUUCACGUAAC